UUACUUGUUGUGGAAACCCCACACUUCAUUUUGCUUCUGGGUUUCUCUCUAAUUCCCGUUUUGUUCCCAUUUGGUUUGUUCUUUUUUGUAUAUUAAGCACAUUGUAUAUAGCCUUUCCUCUUGUCCUGAAAGUUCUUGAAAGAAGGGGGGUGUAUUGGUGUAUCGUAUAUUCCAUGCCAUGGCAUCAGUUUCAAGUUUCCGGGUGGCUCUGCCUAGUUUUGUGCUCAAGUCAGAGUGUAAGUCUAGGAAUCGAGCACAAAUUCAGUGUUUAACGGGCCCUGAUUCGUCCAUGGUGUCUUCUGAUUCAGUUUUAGUAAAUGGAGCUUCUGUUGUUGGAGAUAAGUCCAAAAUUGAGCCUUUGAUCAAUGGUGAGAAUAGGAGGUUAGGGUCUAAAGUUGAGGAGAAGAAGAGUGUGAAAGAUGAUGUCAAGGAACAGUUAGAAGUGUUGUGGGAUGAUGGUUAUGGGACUGAGACUGUAAAAGAUUACCUUGAGAUAUCCAAGGAGAUGAUUAGGCCAGAUGGGGGGCCACCCCGGUGGUUUUGCCCAGUGGCCUGUGGGCAGCCUUUGAAGGAUUCCCCUGUUCUUUUGUUUUUGCCAGGUAUAGAUGGUGUUGGAUUGGGCCUCAUUUUACACCAUAAAGCUCUUGGCAAGGUUUUUGAAGUUCGGUGCAUGCAUAUUCCUGUUUAUGAUCGAACGCCAUUUGAAGGUCUGGUGAAACUUGUGGAAAAAACUGUGAGGCUUGAGCAUGCUUCAUCUCCAAAUAAACCCAUUUAUUUGUUAGGAGAGUCAUUUGGAGGAUGCCUGGCACUUGCUGUUGCUGCUCGUAAUCCUACCAUUGACCUGGUAGUGAUAUUAGUAAAUCCAGCAACAUCAUUUGGGAGGUCACAGCUGCAACCUUUGCUCCCUAUAGUGGAGUCUUUGCCUGAUGGACUUCAUUUCACAGUACCUUAUCUGCUCAGCUUUAUUAUGGGAGAUCCAAUGAAGAUGGCAAUGGUCAAUAUUGAUAGUACACUUCCUCCUCCAUUUGUAGUUGAACAAUUAUCUGGGAACCUCACUGCUUUGCUACCAUGUCUUUCUGGCUUGUCUGACAUCAUACCCAAAGACACUCUUCAUUGGAAGCUGAAGCUGCUUAAAUCAGCUGCUGCUUAUGCUAAUUCCCGCCUCCAUGCUGUUAAAGCUGAAGUACUUUUGCUUGCUAGUGGCAAGGACAACAUGCUUCCUAGUGGAGAUGAAGCUCGACGACUUUGGAAUUUACUACAGAAUUGUAGAGUUCGUUACUUCAAGGACAAUGGGCAUACCCUCUUACUGGAGGAUGGAGUUAAUCUGCUGACUAUUAUUAAAGGUGCUUUGAGAUACCGCCGUUCAAGGAGACAUGAUUACGUUUCUGAUUUUCUGCCUCCUAGUAUGUCAGAACUGAAACGUGCAUUCGAUCAACAAAAUAGACUACUUCGCUUUGGUGCUAGUCCAAUAAUGUUCUCAACUUUGGAAAAUGGAAAGAUAGUGAAAGGCAUUGCAGGAGUUCCAAAUGAAGGUCCUGUCUUGUUGGUGGGCUAUCACAUGCUGAUGGGAUUAGAACUUUCUUUCCUCAUAGAAGAAUUCUUGCGUGAGAAGAAUAUUAUGGUUCGUGGCGUAGCACAUCCAGAGUUGUUCUUAGAGAGGCGUGCAAGUCCAUCUGAUGAAUUUUCCUAUUUUGAUUGGACAAGAAUAUAUGGUGCAGUACCUGUAACAGCAAGCAACCUUUUCAAGUUGUUUUCAAAAAAAUCACAUAUUCUCCUUUAUCCUGGUGGUGCACGUGAGGCUCUACAUCGCAAGGGUGAAGAAUAUCAGUUAUUUUGGCCUGAUCAGCCAGAAUUUGUGCGGAUGGCAGCACGUUUUGGUGCCACAAUUGUACCAUUUGGAGUUGUUGGAGAAGAUGACAUAGCAGAACUUGUUCUCGACUAUGAUGACCUGAUGAGAAUCCCCUUGGUUAAUGACUAUAUUAAAGAAACUACUCGGGAUGCUGUAAGACCCAGGGCUGGUUUCAGUGGCGAGGUUGGUAAUGAAAAUCUCUUUGUACCAGUGCUUUUUCCUAAGGUUCCUGGACGCUUCUACUAUCUGUUCGGGAAGCCAAUAGAAACAAAGGGAAGAGAAAAUGAGCUGAAGAACAAAGAAAAUGCAAAUGUAUUGUACUUGCAGAUAAAAUCCGAAAUUGAACGUAUUAUGGCCUACUUGAUUAAGAAGCGAGAGAAGGAUCCUUACAGGGGUAUCAUUGAUAGAACUAUAUAUCAGGCGAUUUCUGCUCCCCCUGGUCAAGUCCCAACAUUUGAUCCAUGAAAGAGCCAGUUCAGAAGGUUUUGAACGUUCUGGGAUAAUUCUUGGUCUAUCUGGGAAUGCUAUCUACUGUUUAACAAUGAUCUGCGAUUAUUACACAGGGCCUUGGUAUUGGUUCAUCCUCAGCCCUCUUCUUCUCUUGCAAUGGUGAAAGCACCAUCUAUGUAAGCGAAUUCACAUUCAUUUGGAGUGUGACUCUCCCUACUCUGUUUUACCCUGCCGACCUUGGCAGCCAUUGUGGAUGAAAGUUGAUGAGGAAGACAUUCCGGUACAUGCGUGAAGACCGACACUCAAAAUUCAAGGGUUGAGAAGGUAGUGGAGGUCGCCAUCCACAAGUAAUUAUCAGAUUAUGUAUUGUUCUUACAACCAUUAUUUCACCGGAAGCACGUGAAUGAAUCCACUGGUGCAUACUGAGGUGCAAGAAAAGUGGAAUAUGAUCCUUGGAAGAAAAACGCAACUUUGAAUCUAAAAUAUAGCGGGGGAUUGAGAUAGAAGUUGACACUAACCCAGAACACCCAAUUUGACACCAGAUUCCAGUUUCUGAACCAACCUUAGGAUCAAUACCUGUUGGGUUGUUGACCCAGAACUACUGUUGCCUUGCCAAAGAGAAGCGAAAUAUUCACAUUAUUUUUCAUGAAGUCGAAGUGAUUGUCUCCCUUCUUUCAUUCUCAAUCACAGGACCAGUUGUAACUCCGGUUCAGCAGUAUCGAUACAAUCAAGAAUGGGGUGAAGGUGGUCACACACCAAUCACCAUUGAUAAGAAGAAUAUGAUUCGUACUGUUUAACUUUUUCAUUCAAUGGAAUGGCCUGUAGAAUCUUAAAAGGUGUUUGCAAAAAGUGGCGUAUGCUCUUUGCUACUGCGGCCGUAAGCAAAAUAGAGCAAAAAAUUUUCUAUCUAAAGAGAUGUUUCUGCAUGUCUAAUAUGUAAAAGAAAAUCCUUCUGCUAAGAGUAGUUAAGGGAAAGCAAUGGCUGAGUGGCUACACGAGAGGAGACUACACCACCUCCAGGAUGUUUUCACGGGCCGAACCCACCAGCAGGAAUGCCGGUGCUGCAAAUGGCCUUGUUAGGGUUGAUUCCGUCGGAAUAACGCAGCCUGUCAUCUAUUUCCCAGACAGCUAUGGUACAAAACCAUUUGUGGAACAACGUGCGGUAAAUAGAAGGGGUAGGCCUUCAAACCCAGUUGAUGAUCGUGACUGGGGGUUCUUCACCAAAAUCCAAACUGAAGUAAGCCAACCCACCAGGUCUUCCCCCUACAGCACCAUGGAUUUGCGUCAGCCACCAUAUUCGACAGGCCACAAUGGCAGCAGUGGCUAUGGUGGGUAUAGUGAGUACAGCAAGAAUGAUUCCUGGAACAGGCCUAGUGGUAAUACCAUUAGAAAUGACGGUUUCGAUUAUUACCACCGCAGAAUUGAUGGCGCCAUGGAAGUGAUGAACACCAGUGGGGGGGUGGGGUAGCAGGCCAAUUAAACAGUGGAGGACGGUCUGCAACGUCCGGCUCCUCACUGGCCAAACCAACAAACAACAUUGGCGAGGCUGUGGAGAUUCUGAAGGAAGCUACCAGGUCUACAUCUUCACGACAGGGGGUUUCACAGCACCAGUUUCAGCAGGGCAUACAUAUGCUGAAACCACCGACAGUAUGGAUGCCACAAGGCGAUAUGGGAACUUUAAAUUAACUUCUAGGUCAACCAAGAGCGUAGGGUUCUACUGAACACAACAUCUAGACAUGAUUACACAUAUAUAUGGAUCUAUGGACUAUAGCUUCAUGCAGCUUCUCAGCUGGAAUGCUCUGUGAGUUGAAGGUUUGUUGGAACUUCAUCUAGCUAGCUAGACUAUCAGUAUUGUAUGUUUUCCGUUUUGCUGUUCGUUUCAGUGGAAUGUCUUUGGUCUCAUAAACAGGUAAGUGGUGGUAAUUAAUGGCCUUUGAUGCUCUGCCAUUGCUAGUAUAAAAUAAGCUUUCCUUGUAAGCAGAUUGCAAUGAAGUAUCUCUCCUUUUUA